AUGGGCAUAAAAGGGUCUAAAGCAAAUUUAUCUCAGAAGACUACUCGUGCACACUCUAAUGGGAUCACUCGUUCCUCAUGUUAAAUGCAAGGUUGGAGAGAUUAUAUGGAGGAUUACAUUUUAAUUUAAGAGCAAGAAGAGUUCUAACUUUAUGGGGUCUUUGAUGGACAUGGAGGCUAAGAUGUUUCAGAAUUUUUGUCAGAGCACUUCUAUGAAAUAUUCGAGAUGGAACUAAAAAAAAAUCCAGAAAAUUAUAAUCUAGUAUUAGAAUCUACUUUUGAAACUUUGGAUACUAUACUAGCCCAUCGAAUAGCUAGUUCAAAAGUUGGAAGUACUGCCAUUAUUGUUUUGGUUACCAAAGAAAAGGUGCAUAUCGCUAAUUUAGGAGAUAGCAGAGCUAUUCUAUUUUCAAAUGAAUCUGUUUAGUAACUCUCUUAAGAUCAUAACAUAGAAUCUGAAUAUAAUAGAAUAAUAUCUAAUGGUGGUUAUAUUAGGGAUGAUAGAAUUAAUGGUAAUUAUCAAUCAUGAUUUUCUAGGUUCUUUGACUGUUGCAAGAGCUUUUGGUGACUUUUUCUUAAAAUCGUCAAGAUGUUCUAUAAUUUCAUCAAAGCCAGACAUAAUGAUGAUUGAUAGACCUUAAAAUAAAUCUAUCUUAUUAGCUUCAGAUGGAAUAUGGGAAUGUGCAGAUAAUUAAUGUAAUUUUUUAUUAGAUAAAAUUAGAUAUAAGCAAAUAUCUUAUGGAAAACAAUUAAUUAGGAAAAUUGUUCAAUUAAUUAAUAGCCAAAAAUAUGAAUUAAGAAUAUGGUUAUGAUAAUAUGAGUGCCAUACUUAUUUAAUUCUGA